ACUGGGACCCUGGUGAGGCUGGAACUUGGGCAAGGCUGAGACACCAGAGUACCAGCUGCAGUACAAGCUCUACUCUUCAAGUAUGGAGUGUUUACAAAGGCUUCUGCUUUCCGCACACACAGGCUUCCUGUGGAAUUCUUCAAACACUUUGAAUGACACAGGAACAACACCUCCAGAGAGUGGUAUUUUUGGAUUUAUGAUAAACUUCUCUGCAUUUCUUGGUGCAGCCACAAUGUACACAAGAUACAAAAUAGUGGAAAAGCAGAAUCAAACCAGCUACUUCAGCACUCCCGUUUUCAACUUGGUGUCCUUAGUUCUGGGAUUGGUGGGGUGUAUCGGAAUGGGCAUCGUCGCCAAUUUUCAGGAGCUGGCAGUCCCUGUGGUCCACGAUGGCGGUGCCCUCCUGGCUUUUGUCUGUGGUGUGGUGUACACGCUCCUGCAAUCCAUCAUCUCUUACAAGUCGUGUCCGCAGUGGAACAGCCUCUCCACGUGCCGUGUGCGGAUGACCAUCUCCUUCAUUUCCUGCGCAGCCGUCAUCCCCAUGAUUACCUGUGCUUCAUUAAUUUCCAUAACCAAGCUGGAGUGGAAUCCCAAAGAAAAGGAUUAUGCAUAUCACGUGGUGAGUGCAAUCUGUGAAUGGACAGUGGCCUUCGGUUUUAUUUUUUACUUCCUAACGUUCAUCCAUGAUUUCCAGAGCGUCACCCUAAGGAUAUCCACAGAACUCAAUAAUGACAUUUGAAGAAAGACGAACAAUAUCUUACUCGUUGGAAGUCGCAGACAGUUUCUAGAAGCGGCCCGGGGGACAGGCAGGGUUUGAACGCCGGCCCGCCGCAGGCAGGCAUCUGUGGCACGCCCAGGACUUGAAUUCCACUAAGAGUUCCCUAUAGUUGUACUGUUUCCAAAGGUAUGUUUUCCUAGCGAAUGUAGAGCACUUAUGAUGUAGCAAUGUUUUUAUACUUUUCUAAACUGACACUUUUUUAUAUUCACAAAUUCAUUACAUAAAAGAUAAGGUAUUACGGAAAAUGGAGAGCUCUUAUUUUUCUACAGAUUCUGUUUUGUCAUUUAUUUGUGUGUGAGUGAUUUCUGGAAAUAUACUAAAUGAGGAAUUUAUUAACAUGUAAAAUCGGGAUAUUUUGAGAAUAAACGAUAAUUUUAUAUCUUGA